AUGUUAGAUAGCUUGUUGUCAUACUACUUUUUAAGAUAGCUAGAUGUAUUUGGAACAUAAAUCACUCUUAACUACAAAAGAGAUCCUUAAUUCAGGACCUCUUUCGGUGGAGGAAUCACUGUUUGUUGUAUUUUUUUUAUAGCUGUUAUUUGCUUCUCAACACUGAACGACUUGUUUUAAAAGACCUAAGUUAGCUUUGUACAAUCAACAAGUUACAGUGUUUAACCAGAUAGUAUAUUAUUUGAUAGCAACUAAUUUAUGAUAGCAAUUUAAUAUGAUCAGCCUAAUUUUAUAAAGAGGCCUUAUGUGAAUAUAACUUUUUAGCAGUCACAUUUCCACAGAUUUAUAAAUGGCACCACAGUUAAGAACAAAACAAAUAUAGACCUUGAACCUUGUACAAUAGAUCACUUUAUAGGUCUACCAAGUUAUAAUUAAAAUUGGACUUACACUUUUUAAUUAGAAAAUCUUUAAGACUUUCUAUGCCUAAAAAAAGGAACUACGUUCUAAAUUGGGGGGAUUUUCGAAAAUGAGGAUUUUUAUUAUGUGAAAUUCUCUAUAUCUAAAUGCAUAAAUAAUACCUCGAAUAAUUCUAAUAAAGCUUGGAAUCCUGUUUGCGAAAGCCAUGAUGUAGUAGCUGCAAAUUAAAAUUAAGAUUCUAGAAUCAGAUUUUACAUUUCCAAUAAUUUGCUUAACCCUGAAAGAGCUUAAAAUUCAAUCAGUUCUUAUUUAGAUUCAGCUUUAUUUAAUGUUUAGCAAGGAUCAAUGUACACAACAGCCAACAUGUAUAUAAAUUCAUAAACUCUCAUUACUGAUGAGAGUAUAUUUCCAAUUUCAAAUGUAAAUACUGUAAAUUUAAUGCAGUACAAAGUUAGUGAAACUUGGUAGUAAUAUGCUAUUGGAAACUUUGACACUUUUUGUGAUAUUUAUUUUAGGAGAAGCUAUUAUUCUACAGUAAUUCAUAAAAGUUAUCUUAAACUAGCUCAAGUUAUAAGCUAUAUUGGAGGAUUUAGCCAAGUUUUCAUAUUAAUAUCGGCCUUUUUAGUGAGAAAAUAUAAUAGCUAUAAUUUGUAUUUAGAACUAGCAAAUAGAUUAUAUGACUUCGAUAUUCCAAACUUGGAAAAUACCAAAGAAAAUACUCACAAAACUACUAUUUAUAAUAAUAGUGCUAUUGAUAGCAACAUUAACAAUAAUACUAAUGAGAACAAUCAUUAAAAUACUUCCUAACAUGUAAGUGUUCCUAAAGAAUAAACAAAAAUAAAUCUAUAAAAUACUUCUUAAGAAGAUAAAAAUAAUCUCCAAUUUCCUCAAUUAAAUUAAGAAGUAUUAUUGGACCUAAAAAAUUAAUAAAUUAAUCCUUAAAUAUCAUUUCAGUAACUUGAUGAAAAUCCAAAAAAUUUAAAAGAUUAACAAACAGGAAAAGAACAGUAAAUAACAUAAUUUGUUCCUCUUGAUUAAAUUAGGAAAGUUUUAAUGGAAAAAGGUAUAGGAAAAUAGUAUUAUUAAACUGAUUAUUUUAGUGAAAAUACAGAAAGCGAUUAGAUUUAAUUUUCAAAAUAAUAAAACAAUAUAAAAAAUAUUAAUUUAAUCUAAAAUUAGCUAAAAAACAAUAGAUUAAAAACUUUUCAAAGUAAAAAUAAUAAUAAUAAUUUGUUUGUCUAAAAUAACAAUAAUAAAUAAAAUUAAUAAGUGAUAAAUAAUUUUAAUUAAUCAAUAAAUUAGAAUGAAGAUAAACCAAAAGAAAAUAGUCCCUAAAAACUUGAAGAAAAUAAUCCCUAAAAGCUUGAAGAAAAUAAUCCCUAAAAGCUUGAAGAAAAUUUUGAGUCAUAAAUUGGAUAAAAAAAUGAGGACUUAUCGUUUUAAAGUAUUAACUAAGAUUUUUAAAUGAAAAAUAAAACAUUUCCAUCUAGUAAAUUCUAAAGCUAUAAAGAGAAUACUUAAAAUUCUAUAUUUAUUAAAGACCUUUCAAAGAUUGACAAAACAUAACCAGAAAAUAAUAUAUUAUCUCAAAGAAGCAAUUUUAAAUACAGCUAUUCCUCUAGGAAAAAUUUAUUUGAAAGCACUGAUAAAAACCCUUAGUUGUAGAUAAAAAGGGUUGUUUCAUCUUUUGGAGCAUCUCCAAAUAACAAAAAUAUGACCAAAAUAGUGUAGGAAAAAUAUGGAGGAGCAGUUGAAUAGUUUUUGGAAAAUAAAUUUAAAUCAAUAAUAUCGAGAGAAAAUAAAAUUUGGGUAGAUUUUAAAUAUUUCAUGAAUUAAUUGACUUGUGGAAAGUUUUUCAAUAGCGACCAUAUAAAAUUAAUUAAUAAAGCAAAAAAUUUAGUAAGCGAAGAUCUUGAUAUCUUUAAUAUUCUAGACAGAUAAAAGGAGGUAGAAAAAAUGAAAAAAUUAUUUUUAAAUGAAGAUUAGCAAGUGCUUUUUAAUUUUUUCCCAAAGCCUAUUAUUUCAAUUAAAAGUAAUUAAAAUUAAUUGAGUAUGAAAGAUUUAAAAUAAGAAUAAAUUGAUUUACAAAAAAGUGUAAGUUAAGUUUAAAAGUAAUCAAAAAAGCUGAAUCUCACGUUUAAACAAACUAGAACUGUAGCUAAGGCCAUUAUUAAAUUUAAAAAAGCUAAAAAUUCUAAUAUUUCAAACUAUCUAAAACUAUUUAAUCAUUAUUUGAAGCUUUCUUAAGAGCAAAAUCAGGAAAGCAAUAACAUUUAAACAGCUAUCAAUAAAAAAUUAAUACAUCUUCUUGGAGAAGAAAUGAGAAAUAUAUUUGAAGUUGCAAAAAAAAUGCAGCAAAAGCCUACCGAAAUCUAAUAAGCUAACUAAAAUAACUAGUAGCUUUUACCUUCUUAAUAUAAUUAAUAAUCAACAAAAAUAGAAAAUAUGUUUAACACAGAUUAGCCUUUAAAUACCUAAAACCCUCAUCAAAUUAUUUAAAGUAGCAAUUUCCCUUAAAUUUAGUAAUAAAGCUCUAAAUUGAUUACAUUUGACUCACUAUUUGCAUCCUCAAACAAUUUAAAAGACUGUAAAUAAAUUAAUUUGUAAAAAUAACUAUUUCCACAAUAAAUAGAAAUUUAAUUGUAAGAAAACAAUCAAAUAUUUGAGAAAAAUCUGAAUGAAAAAAUGUUAAAUGAGGGAAAAAAAUGA